UUGCGAACGGUUCGGCGUCGCCAGCGACGCUGACAGGGUCGGAACAGCAUUCAACCAGCCAAACCGACGCCUCUACCUAGCAUGCCGGCGGCACUCACUGGUGGUGCAUGGCAUGGCUGCCAUGCCAUGCCACCUCCAGCACAGCGGUGGUGGUAGUGGUUGGUGGGGCAAUCUGUCAAACGGCACAGUGCUUGCUUGGCGGUCUGCUGGUUCAGCCUACCAGUAGGUACGGACAUGAGCGUGAGGUGACUGACUACCUAACUGGCUGGCCUGCUUGCUUGGGUCGAGGAUGGGCUUUGCUGGCGAGUGAAUCCCGCUCCGCUUCCAUCCGAUGCAUCUCCGGCGCGGAUGCAACGAGACGCUGCAGUUUGCGGCGGUGUCUUUGGACUCUGAUGGUUCGCUGUCGGGACUCGUCGACAUGCUGCGGUAGGGCAGAGAAAGGAAGUCUUCAUUCUUUCCGCUGUAUGCGCUGUUCUUCACCCCCCUCCCACCCCAUUCGUUACCUUACCCGGCAUACGUCGAGGACGAAGUCGAGGACCCCCGCCCCAUAGCCAAGGCCCCAUACCAUGCCCAUGGGGAAUCGAAGGAGAGAGCCGGCUACUUUGCGACGUCACCCCUCUCGGAGGGGCGCAGAACCUGGCGGCGACGCCGACGACGAGUCUAGGGAAUAUGGGAUGCCUCUCUGUUCAGGGGAACGCAUCAUGCUCAUGGCUCGGUAAUUUUCAGAAAUCGAUCAAGUGACGACGGUAAUCCACCGUCGGGAACCCAAACCUCACGACACUCGAGCGAUUGUCAUAUCCCUCCCCCCCGCGUUGCAUGCGUAUCUACCGUACGGU